GGAGCCGGAAGAGUUCCCGGCCGAGCAGAUAGUAGACUUCAGGAAGCCUGCGGUUGCCGGCUGCCGCGAUGGCUGCGGAGCCUUGGUUGUUGUUGUAUGAUUCUGCUUGCCAUAUUGCACAAGAGAUUGCUGAAAAAAUUCAAGAACGCAACAGAUACCAGAGGAGUGGUGAAAGUACAACUAAGGUCAAUGUUGCUGUCAGGUCGUUACUGCAAAAUCUUGAAGAAAAAACCAAUCGUCUGAAAGACUUGUUGUUUCACUCUGUAUCAACACGUCAGCUAACCCAGAGAGAAGGAGAAAGACGGCAAAUUUUAGUAGAUGAACUUUUCACGGCACACAGAAAACUCCAAGCAUCUUUCCAAAUUGAAAAUACAGAACCUGAUGUAAUAAGGUCUAGCCUAAUGGCAGGCGGGGUCAGAAGAGAAGUAACAAACCCAUGGCUUGUGGAGGAGCCUGAGGAAACGAGAGGGCUUGACUUUCAUGAUAUCCGGCAGCAACAACAGAGAAUUAUCGAAGAACAGGAUGCUGGUCUUGAUGCACUCUCUUCAAUCUUAUCUCGCCAAAAACAAAUGGGACAUGAAAUUGGAAAUGAAUUAGAGGAACAGAAUGAAAUCAUUGAUGAUCUUGCCAAUUUGGUAGAAAAUACUGAUGACAACCUACGCAAGCAAACCAAACAUGUUUUGGGGGUGGAGAAAAAGUCAGCCUCCUGUGGAAUGAUGGUGGUGAUCGUAUUAUUGCUGAUUGCUAUUGUGGUUGUUGCUGUGUGGCCUACAAAGUAAUCAGAGAUUAUCUCAUUUUGCAACUAAGUGUUAAUAGUCAUCUAUAGCAAGGACUACCCCACUUUGUUUUUGGCAUUGUCCAUGGAUAGCUGUUCUUACUCCAGUACAAAAGACAGAUCCAUGCUUGAGCUGCAUAAAGGUUCUACAAAAUUCUGUAUAAAACUUUAUAUACUCAAGAACAUAAUUGGAAAAGAAAUGACUCACCUGAACUAACUUCAAGACAUAAAUUGAAAUUAAUUUCAAAGAAACACUUUGUCUAUAAAUACUUAUAAUAGUACUAAGUGGAAUUUUCUCUUAAUCUGCAGUGUCUAAUUAAAAUAUUAGCAUUUUCUUUCUUACAUUAGUCCCUUAUUGCUGAAAUAUAUGGUUCUUCCUGAGAGAAUGUCAAAGAUUCAAGAGAAACUGCCAUCUUUGAAGGGGGAACAUCUUUCAAAUAAAAAAAAAAAAAAAUCCACAAAAAUCUUUGACUUGAGUCAGAGGGCAAUUACUAUUGUAAAAUGGUAGCUAUCAGAUAUAUAUUUUGGAAAGAGAAGAUAAAGUUUCUGUCCAAAAAUGUGGAAUCAAACAUAUUGUAUUAUACCUGGGUUUCUUUUCUUUAUCAAGGUAUAUUAAUAGCAGGGAAGAAAAGGAAUUACUGUAGAUACCCAGAGUUUCAAAAUGUGUUUUUUUUCCUAUAUAUGUUCUGAAAGUAAAUGAAAAUGAUUCUCUUAGCAGAAUUGGCAGGAAAAUGACUUUCCUUCUCUCUGUAACUUGCCCUGAAUACUCAAAAUCUACCCUGAAGGAUUAGCAGAGCACAUUUUGGAGAAUUAUGAGGGUUGCCAGGGAGACAUCCUGUUGUAUCAGCAUCUUUUUAUUUAUGCAACACUGGAUUAAAUCCCAGUCAUAAUUAUGUCCUGAUAUUGUUAUUUUUGCUAUGUAUAUAUUGACAUAAUGGAUAGUAAGGCAGUAAGACUGAAUAGAAGCCAUUUUAGAUCUAUAGGAUUUCUUUUCUUAUCUUGCAUUUUACUUUAUUUUGUACCCUUUCCUGCCGGGAAUAUUUAAAGCCUUUAUCUGUGUUCUUGGAUAUCUAGGAUUAAUAUCAUUCUAGCCCAUGCAGCGUUGAUAUAUGUUGAAUAAUUCAGAUUUGAGAAAAUGUGCUAAGAGAUCUGAAGAUUUCAGAAGAAAACUAUCUUAAGAGCCUUAUCUACAUCUCUAGUAAAUGUCUAAAAUUCUUUAAUAGACUUUUUUUUAGUGUUAUUUAGUGUUUCAGAGUAAUUGGUCUUCCUCAUGUUUGACUGAAUAGAAUUAAAGAGCCAUUAUUGAAUAUGAUAAAGGUUCAAUUUAAAAAAACACACA